UUUUGUUCGUGUUUGACUUGGAUUUGGUGUGUGGGUUGAUGUAAUUGUCACUGCACCAACGCUGACACAAACACACCCCCUAUUUAACAAUUAACAAAAUUCGUGUGUGUUUUGAAUUAGAGAUGGAUAGAAUCUAUCAACCCAUCAAAGAUAAAUAGAGAGAUUCUUAGUGCCCAUGAUUUUUUUCUUCUAUUAUUUCUAAAUUGUAUUGCGUGGGUGGAUUUUUAAGUGCCUAGGUUUACAUUCUUUACUUUACUCCUUUAUUGGUUGCCUUGUUUUGGAGGAUUUGGGGCUACGCACGAGAGGUCGUCGAUCUUUUCUGAUUUCUCCAUCUGGGUCUUUCGCUGUUCCUCGAUUUCCUCAUCUGGGUCGGUGAGUUUUUCUUGUUUGUAAUCUGGGUGGUUCAAAUUUUCUAGUGAUUUCUCUUCUUUGUUAAGUCUUUCAUUCUAUCUCACAUCGGUAUGGUGAAAUUUUUGGAUUAGGGCUGUCUUUGAGAUUAAAAUCAUAGUGGCCUUUUUUGCCCGUUUGAUCUGGGAACUUGUCGUGAAUUUGUGCCUUUUGUUCUUAUUGUUGGUCUUCUCCAGUGGUCCCUUCCCUGCAAGUUAGGGUUUGGCUUUGCUGGAUAGUAUUGGUAAAGCCGUGGUCUUUGGUUUAUGGAAGGGGCUCUAAGCAGGGUGCCUUUGGUAAUAAUGGUUUGGCCUUGGACUCUGCCUUUGAUCAGGUUGGUGAAGCUUGGUGGUUUUGAUGUAGCAAGUUUAAUGGUCUUUUGGUUCUGAGAUUAAAGGGAGGAACUUGAUUGGCUCUGUAUUGGAAAGAAGUUGGUCUUCUGCAUUAUACUUGUUUGCCUUAGAUAAAAUGAUGUCUCAGAUUCAAGGAGCUUCAAAACACACUUGUGGUCUCCUUGCAGUCUUAUGUGGGAACACUGAAAAUAAAUCAAAGCAAUACGUAUUGGGCGGCAGACCGAGAUAUCCUUUCCCAGAACUAGUUUCUUCCGGACGUUUGGAGGUUCAGACUCUGAACAAUCCAAGUACAGAUGAGUUUCGUAAAGUCAUUGAUUCAUUUCAGCCAAAUUUUGUGUACUUGCAAGGGGAACAGCUUCCCAAUGGUGAAAUUGGAUCUUUGGUGUGGGGAGGUGUUGAAUUCUCCACUACUGAAGCCAUAUCCAGGCUCUUCAGUACUACAUUGCCAACCACUGUUUAUUUGGAGUCCCCAAAUGGAAAGAAGUUGGCAGAGGCACUUCACUCUAAGGGAAUUCCAUACGCAAUAUAUUGGGAGAAUGAAUUUUCUUGUUAUGCUGCUUGCCAUUUUCGUCAUGCAUUAUUCUCAGUGGUGCAGAGUUCAUCUUGCCAUACUUGGGAUGCUUUCCAACUCGCGCAUGCAUCCUUUAGGCUUUACUGUGAUCAAAACAAUCUUGUCCUACCUUCCAACACCCAGAAAGUGAAUGGUAAGGUGGGUCCAUGCCUUCUUGGAGACCUUCCUAAGGUCCAUGUUACUCCACCCGAGAUAAGUGCAGAAGAUGAUGAAGAAAGCUGUUCAGGUGCUCUUCCCGCCAUAAAGAUAUAUGAUGAUGAUGUGAACAUGAGGUUUCUUGUUUGUGGGCUGGCAUGCAAAUUGGAUGCAUGCUUACUAGGAUCUCUGGAAGAUGGCCUCAAUGCCCUCUUGAGUAUUGAAAUUCGAGGGAGCAAACUUCAUAACCGGGUUAGUGCCCUUCCACCACCCCUGCAAGCAGGGACAUUUUCUCGUGGUGUUGUGACCAUGCGAUGUGAUUUGUCAACCAGUAGUUCUGCCCACAUCUCGCUUCUGGUGUCAGGUAGCGCACAAACGUGCUUUGAUGAUCAGCUCUUGGAGAAUCAUAUAAAAAGUGAAGCUGUAGAAAAGAGUCAGCUUGUUCAUGCACUGCCGUAUAGUGAGGAAAACAAACCUCCAAUGUCUGAACCUCGGAGAUCUGCUUCAAUAGCUUGUGGGGCAACAGUAUUUGAAGUUUGCAUGAAGGUCCCUGCAUGGGCUUCACAGGUUUUGAGGCAGCUAGCACAAGAUGUUUCUUAUCGAAGUUUAGUUGCACUUGGUAUCGCCAGCAUUCAGGGAUUAUCUGUUGCUUCGUUUGAGAAAGAUGAUCCAGAGCGACUCCUUUUCUUCUGUAGCAAGCAGGAGAAAGAGAUCAGUCUAAACAAUUUAAAUUUCUGCAGUCCUCCCACCUGGUUGAGACCACCUGCUCCGAGUAGAAAGAGGUCCAAAAUAUGCCAAGAAACGAACUCUGGCUCUCAAAACGGGUUGGUUUCUGGAAAUCAAGGUGCUGCCAACAAUCAAGAUCGAGAGGAGAAGGAAACUGCAUUAACAAGUGGUCUUACCACGCCCUCUGUACCUGCUAGACAGAAACUGAAAGUUGCUGCAAUGAGGCCCAUACCUCAUAUUCGUCACCAGAAAAUGCUGCCCUUUUCUGGAAUUUCUGAGGCAGAUGGGCAUGAUGGAAGCCAAGUGAAGGCUAACUUAGCCCUUUUUCCUUCCACAAAGCAAAGCAUUGUUGGACCAAAUCCUGUUACCAACCGAAAAUCAUCUUCAAGUUCAUAUCAGGCUAAGCAAAUUAUUUCCUUGAAUCCCCUUCCUCUAAAGAAGCAUGGUUGUGGGAGAAGCCCAAUACAUGUUUGUGCCGAGGAGGAAUUUCUUAAGGAUGUUAUGCAGUUUCUAAUCCUUCGGGGGCAUACUCGUCUCAUUCCUCAAGGUGGGCUUGCCGAGUUCCCAGACGCUGUACUCAAUGCAAAACGCCUUGACCUCUUCAACUUGUACAGAGAGGUGAGCUUUCUCAUAUCUUUGGUUAGUAGCAGGUUCACCCUGCUGAGGCUGACUGCAUGA